AUGUCUCAACUUUUUCGUUCAGCGUGCCAAUUCUCUACACGAUAUUCUACCAAGAAUUUCCUUCGCCCUUUAAUCGCGUCUAAUGCCUUUUCCACUUCUUCACCUCGAGAUAUCCAAAACAUUACCGUUUAUGGUUCCGGUUUAAUGGGAGCGGGUAUUGUGCAAGUGGCUGCACAAAAUGGGUUCAAAGUUACUAUGGUGGAUAUCGAAGAAUCUUAUAUAGAAAAAGGGAUAAAUAUUAUCAAAACUUCUCUGAAAAGGCAGUUCAAAGAUGAUGCAAACAAACAAAAAGAAGCAAUCGAGUCUACUCUAUCGAAUAUACAAACUAGUACUGAUUCUUCUAAAGGCGCAGAAAAUGCAGAUUUGAUAAUUGAAGCCAUUGUAGAGAAUAUUCAAAAAAAACAAGAUUUAUUUAGAACUUUAGAUAGUGCUGCACCUCAAUCUGCUAUAUUUGCAUCAAAUACUUCAAGUCUACCAAUUGUAGAAAUCGCAAAGAUAACGAAAAGAGAGGAUAAAUUUGCCGGUUUGCACUUUUUCAAUCCUGUACCAAGAAUGAAACUAGUGGAAGUUAUUAAAACUGAAAAGACUAGUGAUGAGACAUAUGAAAGCUUGAUGGAAGUUUCGAAAAAAAUGCAGAAAACACCGGUAACAUGCAAGGAUACUCCUGGAUUCAUCGUCAACCGUCUUCUUGUUCCUUACUUAUUGGAAGCCAUUCGUCUUUAUGAACGUGGUGAUGCUACGUGCAAAGACAUUGAUACGGCCAUGAAGUUGGGAGCCGGUAUGCCAAUGGGGCCUUUUGAACUAUCCGAUUUUGUUGGAUUGGACACACUUAAAUCUAUUGUCGAUGGUUGGAGAGAAACUAAAAAAAUUGAUGAUAGUCUUGUUGCAUCGAUUAAAGCCUUGGAUUAUCUUGUUAAGGAAGGUAAACUUGGACGUAAAAGUGGUGAAGGCUUCUAUAAAUACCCAUCUAAAUAA